AUGUCGGAAACAACAACAACAACAACCCAAGUUCAUCCUCCUUCAUCAACUACAGAUGACUUUUACUCGGUGAAAGAUGUAAUAAUGUGGAGGAAGAAACGUUUGAGUGUUGGAGUAAUGGGGGCUGCAACUGCAUUGUGGAUGGUAAUGGAAGUUUACGGUUUCAAUUUCAUAACUGUGGCAUCUUGGAUCUCUAUCUUCCUUUUUUCUACUCUUUUUGCAUGGGCUAAUAUAUAUAGGCUGAUUUACAAGGAAGAACCAAGAAUGUCGGGGGUAAUGAUAUCCAAGAGCACAGCAACUGAAAUUGCAAAUCAGAUAAAGAAAUCAUCAGAAGAGGUCGCGAAAUGGAUAUUUAAAAUCGGUGCUCAGAGUGAGUGGUAUGUUUUUGGUGCAACGGUUGUAGGGCUGUGGCUACUUUCCAUCAUUGGCAGCGUGUUCGACUUCCUGACUUCUCUCUACAUUGGGACCAUGAUGGGUAUGAUUGUGCCGGUGAUUUGGGUGAAAUAUGACAAUAAGAUAAGGGAAAUUGGGACGAGGUUGCAGAGGCAGAGCAAGCGAUUAUACAGCAAGAUAGAUGAGAAGGUUUUGCAGAAGGUAAAGAACAAGUUCAACUCAUCAUCAAAAAAGGAGGUAAAGGAGAAGAAAGCUGAAUAG